AUGAAUCUAUCCGAUUCAGAAGAGAAGAGCUUGCAUCAGUAUCUCAAUUUCAAUUCAAACGUGGGUUUGAUUCACACUCCAUGUUCUGAGAAAUAUUUACAGAGGAAAAAACGGAGUCUUUGCCUAAAAAAAUGCGUUGACAAAGGGCAGAUGGAUAGAACCUUUCAACGAGAUAGUGCUUUUUCAACUCUCUCAAAAUGGAAUCUAUUCCAAACAUAUAUGCCAUGGUUCUUUACUUCGACAGGGUACAAAUAUCUAAAUUUGAUAUUUUUAGAUAUUUUUUCAGACCUAUUGCGGAUACUAAGUAGCAGUCAAAAAUUUGUAUCCAUUUUUCAUGAUAUUAUGUAUGGAUUAGAUAUAUCAUGGCGAAUUCUUCAGAAAAAAUUGUGUCUUCCACAAAGGAAUCUGAUAAGUGAGAUUUCGAGUAAGUCUUUACAUAAUCUUCUUCUGUCCGAAGAAAUGAUUCAUCGAAAUAAUGAGUCAUCGUUGAUAUCGACACAUCUGAGAUCGCCAAAUGUUCGUGAGGUCCUCUAUUCAAUCCUUUUCCUUCUUCUUGUUGCUGGAUAUAUCGUUCGUACACAUCUUCUCUUUGUUUCCCGAGCCUAUAGUGAGUUACAGACAGAGUUCGAAAAGAUCAAAUCUUUGAUGAUUCCAUCAUACAUGAUUGAGUUGCGAAAACUUCUGGAUAGGUAUCCUACAUCUGAACAGAAUUCUUUCUGGUUAAAGAAUCUUUUUCUAGUUGCUCUGGAACAAUUAGGAGAUUGUCUAGAAGAAAUACGGGGUUCUGGCGGCAACAUGCUAUGGGGUGGUGAUCCCGCUUAUGGGGUCAAAUCAAUACGUUCUAAGAAGACAGAUUUGAAAAUAAACUUCAUCGAUAUCAUCGAUCUCAUAAGUAUCAUACCAAAUCCCAUCAAUCGAAUCACUUUUUCGAGAAAUACGAGACAUCUAAGUCAUACAAGUAAAGACAUCUAUUCAUUGAUAAGAAAAAGAAAAAACGUGAGCGGUGAUUGGAUUGAUGAUAAAAUAGAAUCCUGGGUCGCGAACAGUGAUUCGAUUGAUGAUAAAGAAAGAGAAUUCUUGGUUCAGUUCUCCACCUUAAGGGCAGAAAAAAGGAUUGAUCAAAUUCUAUUGAGUCUGACUCAUAGUGAUCAUUUAUCAAAGAAUGACUCUGGUUAUCAAAUGAUUGAACAACCGGGAACAAUUUACUUACGAUACUUAGUUGACAUUCAUAAAAAGUAUCUAAUGAAUUAUGAGUUCAAUACAUCCUGUUUAGCAGAAAGACGGAUAUUCCUUGCUCAUUAUCAGACAAUCACUUAUUCACAAACUUCGUGUGGGGCUAAUAGUUUUCAUUUCCCGUCUCAUGGAAAACCCUUUUCGCUCCGCUUAGCCCUAUCCCCCUCUAGGAGUAUUUUAGUGAUAGGUUCUAUAGGAACCGGACGAUCCUAUUUGGUCAAAUACCUAGCGACAAACUCCUAUGUUCCUUUCAUUACAGUAUGUCUGAACAAGUUCCUGGAUAACAAGCCGAAAGGUUUUUUUCUUGAUGAUAUCGAUAUUGAUGAUAGUGACGAUAUUGAUGCUAGUAACGAUAUUGAUCGUGAACUUGAUACGGAGCUGGAGCUUCUAACUAUGAUGAAUGCGCUAACUAUGGAUAUGAUGUCGGAAAUAGACCGAUUUUAUAUCACCCUUCAAUUCGAAUUAGCAAAAGCAAUGUCUCCUUGCAUAAUAUGGAUUCCAAACAUUCAUGAUCUUGAUGUGAAUGAGUCGAAUUACUUAGCCCUCGGUCUCUUGGUGAACUCUCUCUCCAGGGAUUGUGAAAGAUGUUCGACUAGAAAUAGUCUUGUUAUUGCUUCGACUCAUAUUCCCCAAAAAGUGGAUCCCGCUCUAAUAGCCCCGAAUAAAUUAAAUACAUGCAUUAAAAUAAGAAGGCUUCUUAUUCCACAACAACGAAAGCACUUUUUCACUCUUUCCUAUACUAGGGGAUUUCACUUGGAAAAGAAAAUGUUCCAUACUAAUGGAUUCGAGUCCAUAACCAUGGGUUCCAGUGCACGAGAUCUUGUAGCACUUACCAAUGAGGCCUUAUCAAUUAGUAUUACACAGAAGAAAUCAAUUAUAGACACUAAUACAAUUAGAUCUGCUCUUCAUAGACAAACUUGGGAUUUGCGAUCCCAGGUAAGAUCGGUUCAGGAUCAUGGGAUCCUUUUCUAUCAGAUAGGAAGGGUUGUUGCACAAAAUGUACUUAUAAGUAAUUGCCCCAUAGAUCCUAUAUCUAUCUAUAUGAAGAAGAAAUCAUGUAACGAAGGGGAUUCUUAUUUGUACAAAUGGUACUUCGAACUUGGAACGAGCAUGAAGAAAUUCACGAUACUUCUUUAUCUUUUGAGUUGUUCUGCCCGGAUCGGUCGCUCAAGACCUUUGGUCUCUACCCGGACCCGAUGAAAAAAAUAGGAUCACUUCUUAUGGAUUCAUUGA